UAUCUGGCAUUAAUUUGCGGAAGCUGGGCCAUAUAAAUGUACCUAAGACAAGCAAACAUCUCCCCCUUCCUGUCGUUUUACCACCACCAACUUACACCAUGAUGAUCUCGAAAUACCCAUUGCUCGCCUUGGCUACCGCCGGCUGGCUCGUAGAAGGGAAAAUAUGCAGCGACCAGAAUAAGAUAGCUGGGGUUAUGAGCGAAAUCAAAACCAUUCGUUCUCACAGCGUGGCCGAUGCAGAGGCGAUCCCCUACGCACCCGAAGCGUAUAGAGUCUUCACCAUCACCCCCAAUGAGACAAAGCCAGUUUCUGUCUUUGUUCCAGCUGGAGUUGAUGCUCUGACGACGCGCGCAGUCCUGGUCUCGCUGGGCACCCUGUUAGAAGCCGGAGUCCCUCAAGGUUCCGACCACUACAGUGUAAAUCCGAAUGGAACGGUCACGGUCGAUUAUAUUCAAACCGACGGUAUUGCUCUGCAAAAGGUGGACGUGCGUGAGAUUCAUAGCUUCAACAGUGACUGUCAGAUCACUGGCAUCACGGGCUACGUGCGUGGCAAUGUGGAGGCCUUCCUAGGAGAUUUGAAUAUUCCAAAGCUCUUUAGUGAAGCAAAAGCGAGUGCAUAGUGUAUUCUGGUAAUUUUUAUUUUGCUGGGCUACAUGUGUAAUAGGCCUCCAGGACAUUUGUGUAGAUAAGAUAGAAUACAAAGCAUGCCAUGCACUUUUUCUCCUCUACAGCAUUCGGUUAACCUUGGUAUGGACUCG